AUGUCCAACCUCCACAACCGGAGCCAGCCCAGCGCCCGCCGCGGGGACUACGUGUGGCAGUACGAGUACUAUGACGACGAGGAGCCGGUUUCCUUCGAGGGACUCAAGGCGCACAGAUACUCCAUCGUCAUCGGCUUCUGGGUCGGACUCGCUGUGUUUGUCAUCUUCAUGUUCUUUGUGCUCACGCUGCUCACAAAGACAGGAGCUCCACAUCAGGAAAAUCCAGAUGCUGCUGAGAAGCGGCACCAACCAGGCAGAUGUCUGGUCGACCUCGGCGGUGUCCAGGAUGAAAAUGAGAAGGCCUUCUCUCGUCCGCUGCUAGAGGGGUCCCGCUCCUAUUUUCAUUUCUUUAUCCACGAGGAGGAUCAGGGUGAGGGGAAACAAAAACAAGAAGACAAGAAGUUUGGGAGGCACACGGCAGCUCGAGCCCAGCAGGACACCUGCGACCGGCCCAGGGGAGGCAGCUCCUCGGGGAUGGAGGAUAUGGAGGAGGAUGUUGAGGAAGCUGGGGGACACCACCAACCUCUGAAGGGACUAAUGGAGGAGAGUAGGAGGGACAGAGAGUGUGCCUCCCUGUCCCACUUCAACAUCCCCAAUUUUGUGAAUUUGGAUAACAGCUCAACGCUUGGGGAGGACGAUUUGUAG